ACAUCAUCCAAGCCUUCAACAACAAAACUGCGAUGACCAAGUUACGAACUUCAUAUACGACUUCUUUACAUUUCUAAAUAAUCUAAAUUCAUGACAACUGGACAUACUGUAAAGUGACUCCUGGAAAGUAAUCUAAACGUAAAAAAUUGGCGGAUAUGAAUUCUUCCUUCGUAUUAUACUAGGAAGUCACAGUCCAAUCCGAAUCGACUAACGUCAUCAUUAUAACAGCAGGUCACCUACUAGAUUUAGAUGCAGUAUCGGAUGCCUGUGUUUCUUUUCGUAGUUGCGUGAUCACCAAUUUCUCCUCCUAACGAUUGUCCUCGGUGGUCCGUGGGAGCGCAUUUUGGUGGCCCAGGGCCCGGCUCCGAUGAUCGUGGAUGUGUAUCUGAAGGUCUGUGAGUUGGAGGGCAAUCUUUUGGCGGUGAACAAGAUCGGCGGCCACAAGGCGUUGCACAACCUCAGUCGCUACGGGUAUAGUACGGAAGUCCGACAAACGGCCACCAUGUUGCUCACGAAGUUGGCGGUGCUCUUAUUCGAGAAAAACCAACCGGCGGCAACCAACGGCGCAGAGGGUGCUAGUGGACAAGCUGCGGGAGCACAGGUGACAGACGUUGUAGCACCAGAAUAUGACCGAUAGCACCACAAUAGAGACUUUACCAAAUAAACUAAAGAUCCAUCUCAAUCACAAUCUAAAAAGCACUUUUUCUUCUUUGUAACUGUCAGAGUUAGUAGACUCAGAGCAUAGGACGGAGUUUCCACACCUAAGCCUGUUAGUAGUUGACAAAAAUUCGAUGCAUCCAUUUGAGGCUUUUCUAAUUCGUUGCUAAGAAAGUACAAGCAUCAUCUUGUAAUAAGACACUCGUUGCUAAGACUAAGACUAAGACUAUUUUUUGUUUUGGUGAGCGUAGUUUACUAGAGGCAAGGUCGUUUUAAGAGAUCUAAAGACAAAGAUCGCAGUAAGCGAUAGGAGAGCUUAGUUUUGUAGUGUGCUUUUUCAUUUCGAGGAUCAUUCGUUUCUGGGACACUAUUGGAGUUAGAUUGUCACCAUUUGCUUAUGCAUAGAAAUGUACAGCUACAUCAACUUUUGGCUCUGGCUAAACUAAGGCUGAACAGAAAGCUACUUGGACGAAAGAUUCGAAGCAGAUAGAUACAGUCCUCAUCUACGAUGGAGAAAACAACAUCUAAAGAGACCUAGGGAGACACACCUCCUCAUUGAUGUAUUAAAAGAUGAUGUCCAAGUCCACCGUCCGUCUGUAUUAGUACGAGAGCAAUACUCAACAUAGAUUGAUGUGCUGUGAAUGUUUCCUAAAAGAAUCUUGCUAGUGCUGUGAAUGUUUCCUAUGGUGUAACGCGUGACUCGCAACGAUCCUUGUUUGAACACUGAAUAGUUUUCUAAAUCCUAAAUCUAAAUAAUCUAAAUACUUACUAUCAUCAAUUUACAUUUGUAGAUUUAGACUUCUUUGAUAGAACUCUACCGCUUCUACAGGGAAAACUUGCUAAAGAGUUUCGUAAAGGAGGAAAGAAUGAUGGAGUUCUUUCCCAAACAGGCAAGAUGAUCUCGUUAAGGUCUAACUUACUUUGCAGUUAGCGGAGCGCGAGCACACUUCCCGCGUCACGCGACGGCGCAGACUAUUUUUGUAGACUUCUGCAGACCGUGACGAAGUGAAGAUGGCACUGUACUUGUACGUCUUCGAAUCUAAAAGGAAGCAUGGAUUAAGCCGCACAGAGCUUGCGGUCACUUGCAGCCAAGGUAAACACGGCUUCCGGUCACUUGCAUCAUUGAUUACAACUUUCUACAUGAUCCAACUUUCUACUCCGUCCUUGUCGUUUCCCCUCCCUUCGUGUCAUGGAUACGGUGCAUUGAUACCCCCUCAUCGUCUACGAGACGAAAUGGUUCAUGUCAUGAAAAGGAGAGUUGAAUCAAUCUUCUAAAUUUUCUAAAUCUAGGCGAAGUUGACUUCUGAAAAUCUAAAAAAUCCAAAUCUGAUUUCUGGAGCAGGAGGGAAAGCUUGGAAUCGCGAAGAUCUAAAGAAUCUGAAUUAUCUAAAUGAAC